UUUUUCGCCGGGUAAACCCAUCCACGCCACGAAGGACCUAAUCGACGGCGCUAUUUGCGGCCGUUCUCAUCCAGCGCCAAACGCUCGUUAUCGCACAGUUAUAAAUUAUGCUGGGAAUGUCAACAAAGUAGGCCUAAUAUAUAACAUCGAAUCGCUUCUUACGAUCGUCAGUGGAAAUGCAGAUUCCCUGUCUUUCCGUUUGACCCGUUCCACGCAUCGGUCGGUCUGGUUCUCGAAAUAUUCAUCACCGAGCUCUCCACGGUUGCGUCACCCGCGCGCGCGCGCGCGUUUAAGAUCUCGAUAAUCCGGGAUUAAUACCGAAGGAACGUUUGGAAUUAACAAUGACGGAGAACGGUACGGCGAUAAAUUCGUUCAACACCCAGCUGGAGCAUCUGACGUUCGGAUGGACGGACUACGUUCUGUUCGGAGGCCUGCUGGGGGUCAGCAUCCUGAUCGGCAUCUACUUUGGCUUCUUCGGGAAAAAGCAGGAUAAUACGACGGAGUACCUGCUCGGAGGGAAGACCAUGGCAUUCUUCCCAGUGAGCAUGAGUCUGAUCGCGAGCCACUUGUCCGGAAUAUCGUUGCUGGGCGUUCCGUCGGAGGUUUACCUGUUCGGGACGCAGUACGCGGCGUGCGUCGUCACGUCGUUCGCGUCGUGCUUCCUGGUGUCCAGCGUCUACCUGCCCGUCUUCUACAAGCUGCAGCUCACCAGCACCUUCGAGUACCUGGAAGCGAGGUUUUCGCGGCCCGUUCGACUGCUGGCGUCCUUUCUUUACACCUUCUCGCUGAUCACCUACAUCCCCCUGGUCAUCUACGUCCCCGCUCUGGCCUUCGCUCAGGCGACCGAGUUCAAUCUGCACGUGGUCGCGCCCGUCAUCUGCGUCGUUUGCAUCUUCUACACGACCAUAGGUGGCCUGAAAGCCGUGGUGUGGUCGGACGCGAUCCAGCUGACGGUGACCAUUGGAAGUUUGUUCGCCGUCCUCUUUUUAGGAAUCUCUUCGGCUGGCGGCAUCUCGAAUAUCUGGAGGGUAGCGGGCGAAGGAAGCAGGCUCGAGUUUUGGAACAUGAAUCCGAGUCCCUUCGUGAGGAACAGCUUCUGGGGGAUGUCGGUCGGCAUGGUGCUGACGUGGACCUCGUCGCUCGGAGUGACUCAAGGAUCGAUGCAGAGGUUCCUCUCGGUACCCACCGUCAAGGACGCGAGAAAAGCUCUGGCGGUGAUGGCAGUGGGACUGGUCGUCAUAAAGUGGACCUCGAUCUUUACGGGCCUCGCCAUGUACACCAAGUACCACGACUGCGACCCGUCCAGCACGGUGGUGUCCAAGAGCGAUCAGAUCCUGCCGUACUACGUGAUGGACGUCGCCGGCGACAUCCCGGGCCUUCCGGGACUGUUCCUCGCCGGGCUGGUGAGCGCCGGCCUCUCCACCAUGAGCGCCUGCUUGAACACGGCGGCUGGCACGAUCUACGAGGACUUCGUGGACCCCUGGAUGCCCGAGAGCGCCGACCGGGAGGCCAGGGCCGCGGGAAUAAUGAAGGUGACGGUGGUCCUGCUGGGAGUGCUGUGCGUGUGCAUGGUCUUCGUGGUGGACGAGCUGGGAGACAUAUUCCAAGUGUCCCUCAGCCUGAACGGAAUCACAGCAGGUGCCAUGUUAGGCCUGUUCUCCUUGGGUAUGCUGAUGCCAUGGGCAAACACGAAGGGAGCCGUGGUCGGUGGUGCCUGUUCCAUGUGCCUCAUGAUAUGGAUCAUCGUCGGUACUCAAUACUACAUGGCGCGUCGAAUCAUCGUUUACGAACCGCUGCCGCUCUCCACGGAGGGCUGUCCACUUUCGGAAAGGUUCAACGCGACGACGACGACCCCUGCGUCGAUCCCUUCCGAGGACGAGCCCCUCGCCCUGUACCACGUGUCCUUCAUGUACUACACCUUGGUAGGCGCCCUGACCGUCAUGGUCGUGGGCACGAUCGUCAGUUUCCUUUUCGGACCGUCCAACUUGCAGGAUCUCGACAGGGACCAUUUUCCUCCCAUCGUCCGCAGGUUCCUACCUCCGAAGAGGUACACCGAGGUCUUCAUGCACGCGAUUCAGGAGGCGAAGGGCAAGGAGAAGGAGAAGGAGGAUAUCGACGUUUACCGAUUGCCGUAAUCCAGGAAAAAAUAAGCAGAGUCCCGGAGCCCGCCGUCGCGGAAAGAAAUGCUCGGUUUCGGAUCCGAUCGACGACGCUUUCCGUGAAAAUCAGCCCUACCGAUCCGUCGAGGACCGAACGCGUCCAU